AACCCCUUGAUAUUUCCCAUGAUGCAUCAGGUGCCGAUGAUCCUGGUGGGCAAUAAGUGCGACCUGGAGGAUGAGCGCGUGGUGGGGAAGGAGCAGGGGCAGAACCUCGCCCGGCAGUGGAGCAACUGUGCCUUUUUAGAGACCUCCGCCAAAUCAAAGAUCAACGUUAAUGAGAUCUUCUACGACCUGGUGAGACAGAUCAACAGGAAAACGCCGAUGGAAAAGAAGAAGACAAAAAAGAGGUCGAAUUGCACGCUGCUGUAGAAAGCAGCUCAGGCAGGUGAGGAGGAGGAGGAGGAGGAGGAGAUGACUC